AUGUCUGUGGCAACUCUUUCCUCGCCAAGUUAUGAUAUUCCUCAAUUACCAAUUGAUUUUUCGUUACGACUGGAACCGUGGUACCAUGGAAUGAUUACGAGAAUUCGAUCGGAGUCCCUUGUAACUUCAGAAGGUGACUUUCUGGUUCGUGAUAGUAUAUCUUCAAGAGGAGAUUAUGUAUUGACAGUUUUUUGGAAAGGUCGAGCAGUUCACUUUCAAAUUAAUAAAACACCAUCAGCUGCUAGCUCCACUUCAUUCUUAUUUCAAUUUGAAGAUGAGCAGUUUGAUACAAUCUCAGAUUUAAUAUUAUUUUACCAAAGUCAUCGCAAAUCAAUAACAAUAAAUAGCGGUUGUAUUAUUUCAAAUCCAGUUCCAAAUUCAAUUAUUAUUAAGCCUUGUGAACCUCAACGAGAAAUCGAGCAAAAUUACAUGAAAUUAUUUAAACCACAAGCUGGAAUUUCAACGAAAAAAGGAAUGGAUCGGUCGUUAAGUCAACAGGUUUUACUGAAUGAAGCGAGGAAGGCACAAUUCACUAAUUUUUCCAAUUCUGGUCUCAAAUCCAGCGAUUAUCAUCGAUUAAUCGCUAAAGGAUUACUAAAUCGACCAUUACCAAUUCCACAAAAAUCACCAAUCGAAGAACAAGAAGGACAAGAAGAUUAUUGUGAGAUGGAUUAUGAUGCUAUGGAAGGCACUUCGGAAGUAGUGGGCGAAGUACUGGAUGCAUCAAGUGAUGACCUUACUCAACGACCUCAACAUUUAUCACUGUUAUCAUUAAAUAGACUAAAGAAACACUCAUCUUGUCAUUUAUUAUCAAACGGCCUCUCUCAAUCAUGCCAUAAUAUUCAUGAACUACAAUGGCGAUUUCCUCGUACUGAUUCGGCACCAUCAUUGCCCAUUCGUAAAACAACAGCUCCGGUACGUGAUAGUGGCUGUAUUGCUGAUACAACAGAUUAUGAUUUACCAUUUGGCUCAACAAUAAUGACAAUUCAUCCGAGUCAAAUAGAUCCAAUCAAUUACCACGCAAUGUUUUUAGACGAAGAUUUUAGUCAUUCGACUGCUAAUGACCUCUUAUGCAAGUUCAAAUUUUUAUUAUUAAAUUCAACAGUCGAAAGAAGUUCGUAUCUAAUCCAUUACGAAGACUGCAAAUUACUUCGGCUUAUUUCAUUACAUAAGGUAGAUAAUCGGUUUGGUGGUCUUUCAUUAAUUUUAUUGCCUCAAGGAAAAAAUAUUCGCGAGGAUCUCAUUGAAAGAAAUCUCUCACUUCAUACUAUUUGUGUUUUAUCACUGAGGCACAUUGAUAUAUAUGAUAAGCACAACAUUGUUUUUAUGCGAUGGAUGGAAAUCGCUCGAUUUUUGCUCGAUCAUUUUGGCAAUAUUUUCUCAUUCUUUUGUAUAACAAAUGCUUUAAACUCGAUUGUGACCAAUUCAAAUUUUACAUCGAACAUCGAUGCAAAUAUUUUACAAAUUUUUAAAUAUAAACUUAUGCCAAUCGCUGAUAAAAUUCGUGAAACUGAUAUCGAAACAAGCGAAUCCGCUACCGUUGUCAUACCAUUUUUGCAGCCUCUUCUGGACUUAUUUUCCAACGUGCCAACUUCUAAUUUUCUUGGCGGUGGCUCGUUAUCCGCACAGAUUGAUAGUUUGUGGAAAUGGCUGGAUAUGGGUCGACAAUGGUCAAAGUUGGCUGUUCAUUAUGCAUAUCAUGCUAGGAAACAGUGCCGCGAAGAUAUCCAAAUAGCUGAAAAUUUCUUUUCUACUGAAUUUCUAUUGAUAUGUAUAUUUGCUGGAAAAGAUUGGAAAUCGUUAGCCGAGAAAAGACAUGAAAAUUUUUCUGAAUAUAUAAAUUUUUUAAAAAAUUUAUCAAUUGACGUAUAA